AUGAUAGCAGGGUUGUCGCAAUGCGAGGAACGCAGCAAACCAGUCCGAGAGUCUGGAAAAGAAGCACCUGAGAAUAAAAUGAGUGCCCAGAAGAGGACUGGGUUAACAAUAUCUCAAGCCCAAGAUGAUUUGAUCAAAGCGCGAUGCGCUGCAUGCAUUUACCCUACCGCCUUCCAGUGGGUGCCUUGA